AUGCCAUGCUCAACUAAUUAUUCAAAAGACGCUUCAGGUAUUGGGAAUGCCAAUAUUUCCAGUGGAGACAACAACACAACACCAAUAUCUGCAAAGUCUAAAACAAAAAUUGCAUUUUCCUCUGCUCUUUUAAACACUUUUUCUCAUAAAAGUAUUCUUCAUAGUACUAGUACUAAUAUUUCAUAUGCAAAAAAUACAUGCGAUAGUAAGAACGUUGAUGAAAACUUGUUAUCAAUAGAUAAGAAUAAUCGGGUUACGUUAGAAAAUUAUACUAACAAAACUGGACUAAAUACUAAUCUUGUGAUGACUAACAGCAGCCCAAAAAUUACCAGUAAUGAAUCACCAAAACAAUAUCAAUAUAUUACUAAAAAUGAUAAUUAUUUAAGAAAUACUAAAAGUUUACAUGCCAUAGCAGAAGCAAUUGAGUCAACCAGUUCUAACACAACCUCUUCAUCAUCGUUGACUAUAUCAAAUCCUGCGAAAACUUUACCAAUUUCACAAUCAACAAAUUUUCAAUUUUUAACUUCACCACCUGACAGUAUUCCUAAUCGACCAUCUCCAUAUACAGCAACGGAAGCAAACUUAAAAUCACAACAAAAAUCAUACAAUACGGCACCUAAUUCUAUGGGUAAACUAGUGAAUUUUCGAGCACCUCAUUCAAUUCCUCAUGUAUGGGUCUCAAAACGCUACCCGACAAUAUGUAGUGAUACAUGUGAAGGAUGCCAAAAAACAUUAGGUUUCGUCAGUUCAUGGGAAAAAUGUAAAAGUUGCAAAAAAAAAGCUCAUACUGAAUGUAAAAGAAGAAUAGGAAAUAAUUGUGGUUUAACUUUAGAAAUUUUUAAAGCAGUUUUUAAAGAGUUGCAUAUAACUCAGGGACAGGAAAGAUGGGAUUCCUAUCGAGCGUCAGGGGGUGAAUCAUCAUCUUCUACUAAUUCUACAGCACCUUCAACUCCAGCACCUAAUUUAAUUAACUCAGUUAUACCAAAGCAAACUGGACAAGUAAUAUCAUCAGCUAGUUUAUCAAACACAUCUGAACACUUUACAUUUCAUGAUCCAACAACAUUUUCUCAAACUUUCCCACGCUCGCAAAAUACUGAGCAAUCAAAUUUACCAAUUAAUCAUCAUGUACCAAGUAUUAUUUUAACUGAUACUAAUGUAAUAGGAGAAUCAAUUAAUGAAACGGGUUCAUCAAAAAAUAAUACACUUACAGAUAAAACUUUAAUUAAUAAUGAUAAUUCUAUAAAUAGUUAUCGAGUAAACAAUGUUACAAAAAAAGAUAUUCCUAUAAUAACAACAACUUCAGCAACUUUAACAGGAACAAAUGGUACAAAUGAUUCUGAAAAAACUUUAAAAGGUGUAACUUUUGAAGAUAUAUCAAAUUUAGAAGGCUUAAAUUUUGGUGGAGAUGAGAAUAGUGAUAGGCAAGGAAUAUAUUAUAGACUUAGUUUUAAAACAGCUUCAAUGAGAGAAAAAAAUCAAAAAAAAGGAAAAAAAAUAUAUGAAAAUAUUCCUGAGGAUGCAGAAUCAAAUAUAAAUUUGGAUGCAAUUGAAGUUCUUGAACUAAUUGGUUAUGGAAGAUUUGGUGAGGUACGUCGUGGACAUUAUUUUGGUGAUGUAUCAAUAAAACUUCUUAAUAUGGAUCACGUACCAGAAGCUAAACAAUAUGAGACAUUCCUUCUUGAAGCUGAUUCAUUUCUUAAAGUAAGACAUGAAAAUAUUGUUCUUUUCUUAGGUUAUACAUAUGAACAAGGAAAUCUUGGUAUAGUUAUGUCAGAUUGUAAAGGGAAAACAUUAUAUCAAUUAAUUCAUGAAAGUCUUCCUACAGAGUGUUUAGAAUUUUCGCAAAUUAUCAAUUUUUCACUUCAAAUUUGUCAAGGUAUGACAUAUCUUCAUACAAAGGGUAUUCUCCAUAAGGAUCUAAGAACAAAAAAUAUAUUUAUUGAAAAAAAUAAUAGAAUAGUAAUAACUGAUUUUGGACUUUUUAAUAUGGCUCGUUUACGUCACCCACCAAGAAAAAAUGGUUUUUUUGUUUCAGAGAAUUGGUUAUGUUAUCUUGCUCCCGAACUCAUAAAACUAAUAACUCCAUCAGCAAAACCUAUACGUUUUACUGAAAAAAGUGACGUUUAUGCAUUUGGAACUUGUUGUUUUGAGAUGUUUUUCGGUAGAUUUCCAUUUUCUGAAUAUAGUUGGGAAGUAAAAAUGUUCUUUAUUGGGCAGGGUAUGAAAGCACCUUUUUGUGGUAAUGAAGUAAGUCGGGAGAUGAAAAAUAUUUUAAUGAAUUGUUGGAAUUACAAUCCUCGAAAUCGACCUGCAUUUGAAGAUAUAUUUGGAAAUUUUGGUAAAUUGCCUAAAAAAAAAGUAAUGAGAAGUCCUAGUUUUCCAAUUCAGAGAAGUUAUGAAAGUUUUUUUUAA